GGGGCCACCCCCAGGCCGAGCCGGGGCGGGACGGCGCGCCUGGCUGCCGGGCACCGAAACAGCGGAGCAGGCGCCGCAGCGGGAAGCGAGCGCGCGAGCUCCGGGGCCAUGGAGAAAGCGCGGCCGCUGUGGGCCAACCCGCUGCAGUUCGUGUUCGCCUGCAUCUCGUACGCCGUGGGCCUGGGCAAUGUGUGGCGCUUCCCCUACCUGUGCCAGAUGUUCGGCGGAGGGAGCUUCCUGGUGCCGUAUGUCAUCAUGCUUAUCGUGGAGGGAAUGCCGCUCCUGUACCUGGAACUGGCGGUCGGGCAGCGCAUGCGCCAGGGCAGCAUCGGUGCCUGGAGGACCAUCAGCCCCUACCUCAGCGGCGUCGGUGUCGCCAGCGUGGUAGUCUCCUUCUUCCUGUCCAUGUACUACAAUGUCAUCAACGCCUGGGCCUUCUGGUACCUCUUCCACUCCUUCCAGGACCCCCUGCCGUGGUCUGUCUGCCCACUGAACAGCAACCGCACGGGCUAUGAUGAGGAGUGUGAGAAGGCUUCGACAACACAGUACUUCUGGUACAGGAAAACCCUCAACAUCUCGCCAUCCAUCCAGGACAGCGGGGGCGUGCAAUGGGAGCCCGCGCUGUGCCUCAUCCUGGCCUGGCUCGUGGUGUACCUGUGCAUCCUACGGGGCACCGCGUCAACCGGCAAGGUGGUAUAUUUCACUGCGUCGCUGCCCUACUGUGUGCUCAUCAUUUACCUGGUCAGGGGCCUCACACUCCACGGAGCCACCAAUGGCCUGGUGUACAUGUUCACUCCUAAGCUGGAGCAGCUGGCCAACCCCAAGGCCUGGAUCAACGCAGCCACCCAGAUCUUCUUCUCGCUCGGCCUGGGCUUCGGCAGCCUCAUCGCCUUCGCCAGCUACAACGAGCCCUCCAGCAACUGCCAGAAGCACGCCAUCAUCGUGUCCCUCAUCAACAGCUCCACCUCCAUAUUCGCCAGCAUCGUGACCUUCUCCAUCUACGGCUUCAAGGCCACCUUCAACUACGAAAGCUGCUUGAACAAGGUGAUUCUGCUGCUGACCAAUUCUUUUGACCUUGAAGAUGGCUUUUUGACAGCCAGCAACCUGGAGCAGGUGAAAGGCUACCUAGCAUCUGCCUACCCCAGUCGAUACAGCGAGGUGCUCCCGCAGAUUAAAAACUGCAGCUUGGAGUCCGAGCUGGACACGGCUGUCCAGGGCACCGGCCUGGCUUUCAUCGUCUACACCGAGGCCAUUAAGAACAUGGAGGUGUCCCAGCUGUGGUCAGUGCUGUACUUCUUCAUGCUCCUGAUGCUCGGCCUAGGAAGCAUGCUGGGCAACACGGCCGCCAUCCUCACCCCGCUCACCGACAGCACACUCGUCUCCCGCCACCUGCCCAAGGAGGUCAUCUCAGGUCUGGUAUGCCUCAUCAACCUUGCCGUCGGCAUGGUGUUCACCAUGGAGGCCGGCAGCUACUGGUUCGACAUAUUCAACGACUACGCUGCCACACUGUCCCUGCUGCUCAUCGUCCUGGUGGAGACGGUGGCCGUGUGCUAUGUGUACGGGCUGAGGAGAUUUGAAAGUGACCUUCAGGCCAUGACUGGCCGCUCGCUGAACUGGUACUGGAAGGCCAUGUGGGCCGGCGUGAGCCCCCUGCUCAUCAUCAGCCUCCUGAUCUUCUACCUGAGUGACUACAUCCUCACUGGGACCCUGCAGUACCAAGCCUGGGAUGCCUCCCAGGGCAAGCUUGUGACCAAGGAUUACCCCACGCACGCACUGGCCGUCAUUGGGCUGCUCGUGGCUGCCUCCACCAUGUGCAUACCCCUGGUGGCCCUGGGGAUCUUCGUCAGGAGCCGCCUCAAGAAGGGAGACACAGCCCCCGUGGCCUGAGAACUGGGCUUCCCCGAGGCCACCGUCAGCUGCUCACUGCUUCCCAGCUACCGCUUACAGGGGGAUCUCCUCAGCUGCCUUUGAAAGCAUUUACUCCAGAAGUCCUCGGACCAUCCUCUUCGUGAGUCUGUAAAGAAGAAUUAGGAAGGUGUGGAGGAAGAAGAGCCCCUCAGGAGAACCCACACCCCUCUCGUGAAGUGGCCCGU